AUGGCAAACGCUCCAGCCACUUUACAAAAUGUCGUUACGAACUUACCAGAACUACCCCCACCCCUUAAACAUCUCUCACCGUACAUCCAACGCGCGCUCGAACUGAAAAUCAAAGAUCCCGUCAUGUGUUAUUGGUGUCUUUACUUCUCUGCAAAACAAGGCGUAGCGGCCAGAGGAGGAAAAGAAUGCAGGCCGUUCUUAUUAGCACUGAUGGACGUUCUCGAACGGGCGAAAAAAGAGCUAAACUCAAAUGAUGCAGUAGCUUCUGACGAAGCUGGCAGUGCUUAUAUUGAAAAUUUCGCUAUACGUGUAUUCAAUAAUGCUGACAAUGAAGAUCGAAAGGGCAAAUCAUCGAGGUCAACGGCCAAAAAGUUUCUUGCUGCAGCUAAUUUUCUAGAGCUCCUAUCCGUUUUCGACAUCCCUGAACAACCAGAGAAUGAACAAAAAAUCCGAUAUUCAAAAUGGAAAGCAGCUGAUAUAGCAAAAGCCAUCCGAGAAGGUCGAGGACCCACUCCAGGUCCAGCAGGGUCUGUUUUUGAGGAAACCAUGAAACCGCCCACCCCACCUUCCGACAGUGGAACCCUGUCCCCACCUACCAUCAUUGCCGGGCAAGAGAGCGUCUUUGGGAGUAUUCCACCCAGCAUUUCGGCAAGUCCGAAUCACAAGGGAAACUUUCUGACUCUGCCCUCCGGUCCGCAUGUAGGAGCGGGGCCAAACACCAUUCCGCUACCCCCUAGUGUUGGGACGCCCAGUGCGUCACCAGGGUUGAGUGUGAAGGGCGUGUCGCCCGAGAGGGGAAGUGGAGGUGGGAGUCAAGGAAGGAUAUCCCCACUUGGCCUAUCGCCAGGAGACGAAAAAGAGAAGGAAAAGGAAAAAGAGGUCCCGCGGACACCUACGCCUCUUUCGAGGGUGCCGUUCAAGUCGAGUGGGAGUGGAUUAGGGGCUAGCAUUGGUAGUGGGAACAGUGUCAGCCCUGGUGCUUGGAGCACGGCUGCUACUCCUGGACAGGACGAGUCGAACUGGGCUCUUGCAUCGGCGGUGCGCCCUUCGACGGCUGCUAUUCCUGAGGAGUUACCUAUUCCUGGUAUCACCGGACGAUUGAUGGAAAGGAGUCCGAGUCCCUCGAAGAGGCCGACUGGCAAUGCUGCGUCAUCUUCGUCUUCGGGUGGUUCGAGGUCCCCCACGUUGCGGGCGACGGCUUCGGCACCUGUCACGAAUGAAAGCGUCAGGAACGCCAAUUGGAAGUCUUAUGAAAAUGUUGACUCGGACCACGAGAAGGAAAUGGAUGGUCCGAAUUCGAUGGCAGUCGGGAGGCAAGACAGUUGGAGCAGCACCGCGGCUCAGAGGGGUGACAGUAUACCCUCUCGAGGGAGCAGCUGGGGACAAUCGUGGGGGACUGGCGAUGGUGAUCACGAUGAUGUCGAGUCUGACGUUCCGAUUCCUUACCGAUCUGGGUCGCUGUCUGCUGGGUUUUCGAGGGAGAAUUCACUCAGUGUGAUCCCGGAGACGUCUUCCUCUGGUCCAAGCGUCGUUGAUGCGGAUAUGCAAGAGGAUGUACAUCCCGCUGAAGCGUCGGAUCUUCUUUCGCCGUUAACUCAGCCUCAGACUAUCAGCUCGUUCCACACUACUACGAGUAGUGUUCCAAAGAGAGUACACUUUACCCCAAGCGUGGUUGGAGGUUUAUCCAGUAUCGCUAGCGAGUCACCGCCUCCCAGUCCCAGACAGAGCAUGCUGAGUGUUCCACUUCCUUCUUCAAACGAGUCCGAUGCGUCAGAUGAUACAUCUAGAGGUGGUUCGCUGCGCAAGACUGGCAUUCCCCCAAUUGGCGAGUUACCCUCGACGGAUAACAUGCCGAGCCUAACGUUCACCGUCCCUAACGGAAACGGGACACCUCACCUUGGUGCAUCCGCUCGGCUAUCACCCAUCAUUCAGACCGUCUCGCUUCACCCCAACGGGGGUUUUGCGCCUGGACACAACCGAUCAAGUAGCGGCGGUAGUUCUUCAAGCAUAUCCCGCUCAAAUGGCAACACACCCGCUACGCCUUCUCUGGCUAACCACCUCCAAACUUCGCCUCGUUUGAAUCCUGAAGGUGUCAAGGGUGUAAAUGCCAUUCCACCUAUCUCCGCGAUUUUACCGGAUGUACCCUCUUUCCCAUCCAUUUCUUCUCCGCCGAUGCAUUUGGUUUCGCCUCCUGCCCCAAGUUUCCCCCCGUUGCUGCCCCAACCACCGCCCACCGUUCCUGCUCUACCUCCCGUGUCAUCUCAUUACCCACCAACGCCGUACCCGCGUCACUCUGCUCCCCCUCUUCCUGAUGUCAUCUCCCCUGAGGAUACGGCGAAAGCUAAGAAGGCCGCGAAGUACGCUAUUAAUGCGCUUGAUUAUGAUGAUCUUGAUACAGCCAGGAAAGAACUGGUGAAAGCAUUGGCUAUUUUGGGCGUUUCUGUCGAACUUUGA